CCCCACGUGGUGACACUGAGGGCUGGAGGCGUUUUCUUCCCCCCGCAAGGCAGCUUAUUGUGUGUUGCGGGUCAGUGAACGGGCGGGCGAUGGGCCGGUCGAAAGGUGUGUUUUCAGUUUUGUCUUCCUCACCCUCUGUCGUCUUGGACCCGAGGAAGCGUGAACGUUAGCAGAGGUUGGAGUUGCGUGGCGUUAGAAGCUGGAAGGAGAUCCGAGGAGUCCGGACAAGAAGUCUUUCUGCACUUCGCUUAGUAUAGUAGUGCUGGGGGUGUACACGUUGCAGAGCCGGUAGACGAUGGCUCGUUCCGCCUGGUUGGUUUUGGCUGUGUUUCUCGUAUCCUGUAACAGUGGCUGGAUGACUUGCUUACCAGAGUGUCACUGUGAAGUGGAAAGCUUCGGGAUGUUUGGUAGUUUCAGUCUAACCAAAGUUGACUGCAGUGAUGUUGGAUCUCACCUCACUGUGGUCCCCAUUCCAUUGGAUACUUCUUACCUGGACUUGUCACACAACCAUUUGAAGGACAUCUCUCCCUUGAUGUUUACAGGACCUGGCUACACAACGUUGGUGAGCCUCGACCUUAGCUAUAAUGACAUCACGGGCAUGUCCUCUGGCACCUUCUCCAAACUGAGGUACCUCGAGGCCUUAAACCUGAGUCAUAACUCCUUGGAAGUACUUGAAGAGGGAAUCUUUUCAAACCUGCCCCUCGGAGAAGUUGACCUCAGCAGCAACAAACUCCGUAACAUAAACCUAGAUGCUUUCACGUCCAAGAGCCAAAUGAAAUCCCUGACUGUGGACCUUUCAAACAAUCUGAUAACCACAGUUAUCCGAAGUUUGGAUAAAGCUGUGCCCAAUAUUCAUAGCUUGGAUUUAUCAGGAAAUAGAUUAAGUACAGUGCCAACUCGUUACCUUUCUAACAUCCCAUUGCGCUAUCUCGGUCUGGGCCGGAAUGUAAUCCCCGACAUUCCCGAGAAUGCUUUCGUAGGGUUGCAGGACCUGACCCGCUUGUCCCUGCAGGGUCUUCCAGAACUAACUGAGUUGUCUCCCAACAGCUUUAGAGGGCUGCAGAACCUGCAAGCCUUGGACUUGUCACACAGUUGCAGCCUGAAAUCCUUAAAUGUGGCAGUGUUCAAUGGCCUGAGCUCCCUGCAAGAACUCGACUUGGAAAAGUCUGGUGUUGCCACUCUGCCAGGUGCCAUACUGAACUACCUGCCCUCCAUUAAAACCAUCACCAUCGGAGACAACCUGCUGAGGUGCAGGAAAACAACAACAGAAGGCUCUUUCCACAGGCAGUUUGGCUUUGUAAAGAAGGAACAGUCGCUUCACUGUUUUGACGCCAGUGGGUCUUCAGAUAUGCAGUACAUUUUAAAACUGAAAUGAGCCAAAUCUGAACUCCGGUAGUGAAAUGUGGACCUUUUGGUGCCUGAAUAAAACUAAUAAGUGCCUUCAUUAAUUAAGCUUCCUAUAUUUCCAGCAACCAUCCAAUCUAAGAUCUUCAUCGUGUGCAAGCCUGUAUCUAUGUGGAGUUUCCUUUCACACUUUGGACGUUGACACCCUUACACUUUUUAAAUAAAAAGACAGUUGUAACAAACGGCUGUAUGAAAGUGCCUAACCUUGAUCCAGUUUCUCUGCAACCAUCAAAUGAGGCAGUGGGUGGAGAUUUGGCAACUGGAAAGAUGUGAGAUCUCCUGAGUGUUCUGAUGAAGGGCAGAUAAUAUCUCUCUCCAGCUCUGCUCGUGUGUUUCAUGUCUUUGAUGCCCACUGGAAUAAAUUAUCAUGUUUUUAAUUUUCAUGUUUGUCCCAUCGAUGGAAAGAAUGCAGCCUGGGAAGGAGGAGCUGCUCAUUCUGUGUGCGAAUUCCCCCUAUCCUAUGAAAUAAUGAACUCAGAAUAUCUGUGCAUUACUGCCUACUUCCACGGAUGCAAUUAAUUUCGGUAUUCCACUCAGUAAUAACACUGGAGUAUCAGACUAUUUUAUACUGGGCUAUUUAAAAGUGGCUGUUUUUUUUUCCAAUGUCUUCCAACUUGUUACACUUUUGUACAAUCACGGAUGAUUACCAAGUCACUUUUUUCUUUGGCAAAGUGAGUGUACUGUCUGAUUGUCACCAUGUUAUUUGGCAAUAGCAGGCAUCACAGUGGAAUCUGCUCCAGCUCUCCAACAUGCAGAUAUUCACUCUGAGCAUGCAGCCUGAUGGGGUAUUUGACUGUAGCAGGCAUCAGUGUGGCUUCUCCUGUCCUUGCUCUGUAUUCCAGUUGACGAUGACAAAGAAUGCAGUUCAAUUCUGGUCACCUCAUUGGUAAGAAGGAUGCGGAGGCUUUGGAGAGGGCAUAGAGGUUGUUCACCAGGAUGCUGCCUGGUUUGGAGGACAUGUGCUGUGAGGAGAGGUUGGACAAGCUGGGGCUGAUUUCUCUGGAGUGGGGGAGGCUGAGGGGAGACCUCAUAUAGAAGUUUAUAAAAUUAUGCAAGGCAGAGUGGACAUAUAGAGAAGUUGAUAAAAUUAUGCAAGCCAGUAUCCUUUAUCUGAGGAUUGAGAUGUCUAGUGCUAGAGGCCAUGUAUUUAAAAUGAGGAGGGAAUAUAUAAAGGAGAUGUGCAAGGCAUUCUUUUUUUAUAUACAGAGUGCGGUGGGGGGCUGGAGUGCACUCCCUGGGAUGGUGGUAGAGACAGAGAGCAUAGGAGUGGUUAAGAGACUCUUAGGUAGACACAUGAAUAUGCAGAGAAGGGAGGGAUACAGUCAAUGUGCGGGAAAGAGGGAUUUGAUUAAUUAGGAGUCAUUGGUUUAAUUAGUUUGGCACAACAUCGUGGGCCGAAGGGCCUCUCCUGUGCUGUACUGUUCUAUGUCCUAUCCCUGCUGUCUUCUCCUCUACCCAGCCCAGUUCACGGAAGUGGUGGGUGCCUGGAACGCGCUGCCAGGGGUGGUGGUGGAAGCAGAUGCAGUAGCAAUGUUUAAAAGGCAUUUAGACAGGCAGGGAAUGGAGGGCUACAGACCAUGUGUAGGCAGGUGAGAUCAGUUUGGAUUGGCAUCAUGCUCAGCACAGACACUGUGGGCCAAAGGGCCUGUUCCUGGGCUGUACUGUCCAGUUGUAGAACUCAGUUUCUGCUUAAACUGGGGUGGUUGAACUUAGGACCCUGUGGCCAACCUUCUUUGUCUUUUAACCAGCUGAACUAGUGGAGGAAGAAUGUAAGAUUUUUAUUUCUUCUUGUUGAUAACAGAUCUCCUGUGCACUCAUUUCAUUACCAAAGUACCACUGUAGCUCCCUGGUGUCUAGACAAGCUUACUAUUACUCAAGGUCGGUUGGAAAUAGUGAUAUUGAGAGAGAUCCUUUCUGGAUCAUGUGGACCACACCAUGGGGUUCUUGCCUCCUGCGUACAAGUUAAGUAAGCCACAACUAAGACCUUUCCAUUGUACCCAUCCUGGAUUCCAGCAAGCUCCCAGAAGGUUUGAUAUCAGUUGACAUUGCCAAAAUCCUGUUGACAAGAUGUCACUUUUGGCACGUGAAGUUCAAAUCAUCUAAAUUCUCUCCGCUCUUUUUCCAUUUGAGUUGUUGCCCAAGUGUUACAAUUACUUAUUAUAUUCCAUAUUUCAUUAUAACAUACAAGGAGACCAUUUUGUUCCGUCGAUUCUCUGCCAGCUCCCAUUCACCCUUAGUUUUCCCUGGAAGCUAUUCUCUCCACUUUCUUAUCAACCACCCCCAGAUUCUACCACUCAUCUGCACACUAGGGGGAACUCGGUAGACAAUUAACCCACCAACCCGCACAUCUUUGUAACGUGAGAGGAAACUGGAGCACCCAAGGGAAAACUUGCACAGUCGCAGGGAGAACGUGCAAACUACACAGCACCCAAAGUCAGGAUCGAACCUGUGUCACUGCAAGACAGCAGCUCGACUGGCUGUGCCACUGUGCUAAACCUACUCUUUUUACAUCACUUUGUAUCAUUGGAAUAGAAAAGCAUAGGCUCUUUUUUUUGAUGCUCGUCAAUUCAAAGAAGUGUCUUCUCUGGGCACCUCCAUGCUUACCAACCCCUCCCCCAUCACAUAUUCUCCAUUUCACUUAUCAACCUCUUGUCUCAGAAAAUUGUGCCCCACCUGCUGUCUAUUGCAACAUGUAUCUUGAAAACAUAGUAAAUAAAUAGUGUUGAAUCAUGCAACUUUAGCAUGAGCCAAUCCUGUUCCUACUAAACAAAUAGAAGCAAGAAGAGGCCAUUUGGCCCAUUGUGCCUGCUGUGUCAUUUACAGAUGAUCUUUAAUCUACUUCCCUGCACCAACCCCAAUAAUCCCUUAAUUCCCUUAAUCUCUAAAAUUCUCUUGAUUUCUGCCUUGUACAUACUCAGUGACUCCACAGAUUCACUCUCCUUUGGGGAAGAAAUGUCUUAUCUUGGUCCUGAAUGGAUUUAUUCUCACUGGAACGUAGGAGGCUGAGGCUGAGGGGUGACCUUUAUAGAGGUGUAUAAAAUUGAGGGGCAGAUAUAGAAUGGAUAGCCAGAGUUUUUUUUCUCAGGACUGGGAAGUCUAGAACUAGAGGGCACAGGUUUAAGGUGAGAGGGGAGAAACUUAAAGGAGAUCUGAGGGUAAGUUUUUCACAUGGGGUAGCUAAUGUCUGGAAUGAGCUGCCAACGGAGGUGGUGGAAGCCGAUCCAAUUAAGAUGUUUAAAAGGUGUUUGGAUAGUUACUUGGAGAAGAAAAGUGUCGAGGAAUGUGGGCCUAAUGCAGACAAAUGGGAUUAGUGUGGAUAGCAUCGCAGUCAGCGAGGAUGAGAUGGGCCAAAGCAGGUAUUGGCUUAUUAUUGUCACUUGUACCAAGGUACAGUGAAAAACUUGUCUUGCAUACUGAUCGUACGGGUCAAUUCAUUACACAGUGCAGUUACAUUAAGUUAGUACAGAUUGCAUUGAUGUAGUACAGGUAAAAACAGUACAGAGUAAAGUGUCACAGCUACAGAGAAAGUGCAGUGCAAUAAGGUGCAAGGUCACAAAAAGAUAGAUCGUGAGGUCAGAGUCCAUCUCAUUGUAUAAGGGAACCGUUCAAUAGUCUUAUCACAGUGGGGUAGAAGCUGUCCUUAAGUCUGGUGGUACGUGCCCUCAGGCUCCUGUAUCUUCUGCCUGAUGGAAGAGGAGAGAAGAGAGAAACCCAGGUGUGUGGGGUCUUUGAUUAUGCUGGCUGCUUCACCAAGGCAGCGAGAGGUAAAGACAGAGUCCAAGGAGGGGAGGGUGGCGUUCGUGAUGCGCUGGGCUGUGUCCACAACUCUCUGCCGUUUCUUACAGUCCUGGGCAGAACGGUUGCCGUACCAAGCUGUGAUUCUGUCCUCUUUUCGUUUUGAUGAAGAGCACAGUUUCAGAAUAAGAGGGUACCCAUUUAAAACAGAGAUGAGAAGAAAUUUCUUUAGCCAAAGGGUCAUGGAUUUAUGGAAUUCAUUGCCACAUACAGCUGUGGGGGCCUGAUCAUUGGGGGUGUUUAAGGAGGAGAUUGAUAGGUAUCUAGUGAGUCAGGGUUUCAAAGGAUAUGGGGGAAAAGGCAGCAGAUUGGGGAUAGAUGGAAGAAUAGCUCGUGGUGAAGUGGCGGAGUAGAUUCAACAAGCCAAAUGGCCUACUUCUGCUCCUUCAUCUUGUGAUGAAGUCCCUGGGUUCUCGAAACCCCAGCUGGGGGAAAAAUUCAUAGAACAUAGAACACUACAGCACUGUACAGGCCCUUCGGCCCACAAUGUUGUGCUGACAUUUUAUCCUGCUCUAAGAUCUGUCUAACCCUUCCCUCCCACAUAGCCCUCCAUUUCUCUAUCAUUCAUGUGUCUAUCUAAGAGUCUCUUAAAUGUCCCUAAUGUAUCUGCCCCCACGACCUCUGCCGGCAGUGCGUUCCACACACCCACCAUUCCGUGGAAAAAAAACAACUUACCCCUGACAUCCCCCUUGUACCUUUCUUCCAAUCACCUUAAAAUUAUGUCCCCUCGUGUUAGCCAUUGUUGCCCUGGGGAAAAAGUCCCUGACUGUCCACUUGAUCUAUGCCUCUUAUCAUCUUGUACACCUCUAUCAAGUCACCUCUCAUCCUCCUCUCCAGAGAGAAAAGCCCUAGCUCACUCAACCUAUCCUCAAGAUAUGCUCUCCAAUCCAGGCAGCAUCCUGGUAAAUCUCCUCUGCACCCUCUCUAAAGCUUCCACAUCCCUCCCAUAAUGAGGCGACCAGAACAGAACACAAUACUCCAAUUAAGAUAAGAUUUCUUUACUAGUCACAUAUACAUCAAAACCCACAGUGAAAUACAUUUUUUUGCGUAGUGGUCUAAUCAAAGUGUUCAUCCCUGCAUCGACCCUCUCCAGUGCAGUCAGAAUGUUGCAUGGUUCAAUGGGAUGGAGACACAAGAGAUAGCAGCUGCUGGAAUAUGGAGCAGCAUGCAAACUGCUGGGCUUCUCUUCCCCCCCCCCCCUCCCCCCCCCCCCCCAAAAAAAGUGCUGGGCUCCCCCAGCGCUUUGUGUGUUGCUCAAUGAGAUCAAGUCUCAUCCUCUGCAACGUUAAAGUACAGGCCCAUUCUAUCAGAUCUCUCUUCAUAGAACAAACCUCUUCACCCCACAGCCUGGUGAACCUUUGCUUGGUGAACGAUUCUCCGCCGCAUGUAUGUCUUUCUUUAGGUUGGGAGACCGGACCCCUGUUUCAGCUGCUGUCUUGUUACAGCCUUGUAUAAUGUCAGUGAGACAUCCCUACUCUUGCACUCAAACUCUCCUGCAAUAAAAACUAACAUCUUGUUUGUUUUGCUUAUUGCUUGGUGUAACUGCAUUUUAGCUCUCAGUGUACAAGGGCACUCUGGUCCCUCUGAAAAGCAAAUUACAAUCACCUUUUUAAAAGAAAACAGACUUCCUUUCUGCUUUUACUACCUCUGAUCUUUCCACAUUACAUUCCAAUUGCCAUAUCCUCACCCGUUUACAUAGUCCGUCUAUAUCCUCCUGAAAACUCUCCAUAUCCUUGCAACACAAGCUGCCAUCUCACUUUGAAUCUUUAGCAAACGUCGGUUGACUCAUCCCAAUCACUGACAUAGGCAGUGAACAGCAGGGAUCCAAACCACAAUCCCUGUGGCAGCCCAUCAAUCACAACCUCCCAACUCAAAACUUCCUGCUGCUUUUUUUUAAAUCUGUUCGCCAAUCCUCACUCCGUGCCUAUAUAUUUCCCCUCAGUGGCCUGGGCUCUCAACUUUCCUUAAUUACCACUUGUGUGGCACCUUACGAAAAUCCAAAAUAUAGCACAUUUUCUCAUCCCGCCUCAUCUAUUUUGUUAGUUACAACCUAACAAAAAAAAUUCUGAAAAGACGUAUCAAGUGUAAUUUCCCUUUCAUAAAUACAUGUUGACUCUGCCCAAUUCUAUUUUUGUUUUCUAAAUACCCUGCUGAUGCUUCCUUAAUGAUAGAUUCCAGCAUUUUUCCUACUAUCCUGCUAUUCCUCACUACCUCACACUUACCGGAGUUUUCCCCACAACUAGUAUCAAGUCAACUGGUCUGUCAUUUCAAUUUUGUGCUCCCUCCUUUCUUAAAUAUUAGGGGUACAUUCGCUACCUUCCAAUCUCAUAACCAUUCAAGAAGCUGUGUAAUUUUUGGGGUGUGAUGUUAACAGCGCCAUAGUCACUUCUUUCAAAAUCAUGGAUUGCAGAUUAUUAGUUCCUGCAGGUUUCAUGGUUUUAGAUCCCAUUAAUUUCUCCGGUAUUUUUCCAGACCUGUUGUCCACUCUUUUGGACAACAGAUGUUCUUCUAUGAAAAUGGCAACAAAAUACUAAUUUUUCUUCCAUUUCCUUAUUCCAUGGUAUCAUUUCCUUUGUCUCAUAAUGUAGGGGACCCACAAUUUUUGCUAAUCUUUUCCUUUGUACAAAUCACAUGCAGUCUGUUUUUAUGUUAAUCAUUAGGUUACUGCUGUAUUUUAUUUUAUGGUGGUGAGACAGCAAGAGUUAAGGGUCACCUUGCAAAAAUCAUGCUGGGCCUUUCUUUCCACAAAGGCCUGGAUAGAGUGGGCGUGGAGAGGACGUUUUCAUUAGCAGGAGAGUCUAGGGUCCCAGGGCACAGACAGAAUUAAGGGAUGUCUCUUUAGAACUGAGAUGAGGGAAGAAUUUCUUCAGAGGGUGGUGAAUCUGUGGAAUUCGUUGCCACAGAGGGCUGUGCAGGCCAAGUCAUUGGGUGUAUUUAAGACAGAGAUUGACUGGUUCUUGAUCGGUAAGGGGGUUAAGGGUUACGG